ACCAUGAGAGGCAUUAUGAGAAGAAUUCCUAUUAAGACGGUGAGACCGCUUAAUCGAGGAAUUCACCAAAGCUAUAGAAAAUUUAAUCAAGUGCGAUCACCAAUUGAAGAGUAUGAGUUCAAGAUUAAAGAAGGAAAGUUACGAGAUGAUCCAUAUCAAAGAAAGAUUAUAACGAACUUGUCGCUACUUCAUGGUAAGUUGAACGGAUAUGAGCCACCAAAGGUGGAGACCCCGUCGAUCAAUAGUUUAAAACCCAAGGUUGGAAUUCUGAAAAUAUUUAAUUCAUUUUUUGGAUCUAAGGACAGUAUAAAUUUAGGUAUUAAUGAUAUAGCUGCCAACGAAAUUAAAGGAAUAUAUCUUUAUGGGGAUGUUGGGUGUGGUAAGACCAUGUUGAUGGAUUUAUUUUAUCAAACCGUGCCUCAACACUUACCGAAGAAAAGAAUACAUUUCCAUCAAUUUAUGCAACAUUUACAUAAAAGAUCACAUUUACUUAAAGUUGAGCAUAAACAUAACGAUUUAGACGUUAUACCUUUAUUAGCUAGUGAGAUUGCACAAGAACUGUCGGUGUUAUGUUUUGACGAAUUCCAAGUUACUGAUGUAGCGGAUGCAAUGUUAUUAAGAAGAUUAAUGAUGUUAUUAUUGAGUCCAGAAUAUGGGGUUAUAUUAUUUGCUACGUCCAAUAGAGCCCCCGAUGAUUUAUAUUUGAAUGGGAUUCAACGAGUAUCAUUCAUUCCAUGUAUCCAAUUAAUCAAAAAACAAACCAUUGUUAUUUAUUUAAAUUCCCCAACUGAUUAUAGAAAAAUCCCUAAACCAAUUCUGUCAGUGUAUUAUUAUCCCAAACCAGGAAUUAAGUAUACCAGUAAGAAAAAUAUAAUCAAUUGUGAAAAACAUAUUAAUCAAUGGUACGAGUACUUCAAUUCCGGGAAUAAGAACAAGGAUAUUACAUUAGAUUAUAAAUUAACCGUUUGGGGUAGAGAAUUAAAAGUACCUAAAAGCUCCUUCCCAUACGUUGCCCAAUUCACCUUCAAUGAAUUAUGUGGGAAACCGUUGGCGGCAGGAGAUUAUUUAACUUUGGCAAAUAGCUUCCAGUCUUUCAUUAUCACCGAUAUACCUUAUUUAAGUACGGAUGUCAGAGAUGAAGUAAGAAGAUUCAUCACUUUCCUAGAUGCAGUUUAUGAUGCUCAUGGUAGAAUUGCAGUCACUGCAGCUGCAAAUUUCAAAGAUUUAUUUGUUGAACCAGAAGACUUGAAAAGAGGCAAUUUUCAACUAUAUAAAAAACAAUUACAUUCCGGUAAUGAAGAGACUUUUGAAAACGACGAUUUGGUCACUAAACAUGGCUUUGACAAAUCAGUAGCUAAAAAGGCUAGCAUGUUUGCCAACGAUGAAGAACGCUUUGCCUUUGCCAGAGCCUUGAGUAGAUUAUCCCAAAUGAGUACCACCGACUGGAUUGAUAACGUUAGGGAUAUCUAAAUAAUCUAAUAUAUUACUUUAUACUUUAUACCUUAUACCGUGGCUCAUCAUCUGCAACUCGGUGUAAAUCAAAGGGUACCUCCGUACAUCACUAUAUACACCUCCGUACACCGAUUUUAACCCUGCACCAACUUAUAUUGUACCUCCCGGAAUGUUCGUUAAACCAUCGUAUACCUAGCACCAUUUCGUCUAAAUAUGUAACAUCUGUCAAUUCCAAAGCUUUGUACUAAUAUAUACUACCUAACAGAUGAAUGCUUAAGUAAUCCUGAAAUUGGUAAAGCUCCU